AUGUCGGUUCAGGAGUAUCUGGACAAACAUAUGCUCUCUCGGAAAAUAGAAGACGCCGUUAAUGCUGCUGUUAGGGCAAAAACACAGGAUCCCGUGCUCUUCAUCUCGAAUCACAUGAAGAAGUCCGUUCCAUCCGUCAUCACAAACGUCAAAGCCAGGCAAAUUCUGGAUAGCAGAGGGAUUCCCACUGUUGAAGUCGAUUUGUACACCAAUAAGGGCAUUUUUAGAGCUUCAGUACCCAGCGGAUCAUCAUCUGGAAUGUACGAGGCCAUUGAAUUGAGAGAUGGAGACAAGGGAACAUAUCUUGGUAAUGGUGUGAGUAGAGCUGUUAAGAAUGUUAAUGAAAAAAUUUCUGAAGCUUUAAUUGGUAUGGAUCCAACUCUUCAAGUUCAAAUUGAUCAAGCCAUGAUAGACUUGGACAAGACAGAGAAGAAGGGUGAACUUGGGGCAAAUGCAAUUUUAGCAGUCUCAAUGGCUGCUUGCAAAGCAGGGGCAGCUGAAAAGGAGGUUCCACUGUACAAACACAUAGCUGAUCUUGCUGGAAAAACAAAUUAUAGUCUUCCUGUCCCAGCUUUCACUCUCAUAAGUGGUGGAAAACAUGCUGGGAACAAUUUGGCAAUUCAGGAAAUUUUAAUUCUUCCUGUUGGGACGAGAAAAUUUGAGGAGGCAUUGCAAAUAGGAUCUGAAACUUAUCAUCAUUUGAAGGCUGUGAUUACAGAAAAAUAUGGUUCACAUGGAUGUAAUGUUGGAGAUGAUGGUGGUUUUGCUCCAAAUAUAUCCAGCAUGAAAGAAGGUUUGGAUUUUGUAAACGAGGCCAUUGGACGAACAGGGCACUGCGAGAAAAUUAAAAUAGCAAUUGGUGUCGCUGCUACUCAGUUUUGCAUAGGUACCAAGUAUGACUUGGAUUACAAAUCACCAAAUAAAUCUGGUCAGAAUUUCAAAUCAGGAGAGGACAUGAUUGCGAUGUACAAAGAGAUCUGCGAAGCCUACCCUAUUGUUUCGAUUGAAGAUCCAUUUGACAAGGAAGACUGGGAGCAUUCAAAGUACUUCUCUAGUCUUGGAAUAUGCCAGGUUGUAGGAGAUGAGUUAUUGACAUCAAAUCCAAAACGAAUUGAGAGAGCCGUGCAGGAGGCAACUUGCAAUGCUCUUCUGCUUAAGAUCAACCAGGUGGGGACUGUUACUGAAGCCAUUGAAGCUGUAAAGUUAGCUAAGGAUGCAAACUGGGGUACAGUGAUGUCUCAAAGAAGUGGGGAAAGUGAAGAUUCUUUCUUAUCUGAUUUGGCUGUUGGUCUGGCUGCUGGGCAAAUUAAGGCAGGUGCCCCCUGUCGUGGGGAAAGGCUGGCAAAGUACAAUCAGUUGCUAAGAAUUGAGGAAGAACUUGGGGAUCAAGCAUUUUAUGUGGCUUCCGCCGUUGAUGGCCUCCGCCUGAAAACGACAGCGUCGCCGCCGAGCGAGAACGGCCGCCGCCUCCGCCUAUAUUUCUUCUCAUCCGUCAGUAGCUGCUGCUCAAAUCCAUCUCGACGACGCCACCGUAUCACAGGUCCCGUCUGUCCGACUCGUCGGUGUGCCGCCGCCGGGAAAAAAACCAACACACAUCAAUUCCCGCCGCCGUCCAUAAGCCCUAUGUUAUCUUCUGUAUCCCGUCGACGCCGCGUCUCUCCGUUCACCAGACCCGGUGGGAAGCAUUUUGAAAAGAAAUCUGACGAAUUUGAGAUUGGGGGGGAUGAAGUUACAAAUUAG